GUUGAAAAUCAUUGUGUAACCAUGAGUUUCCAAGACAAAGUUGUAAUUGUAACCGGUGCUAGUUCUGGUAUCGGAGCAGCCACUGCCAUCAAGUUUGCAGACGAAGGAGCUAAAGUAGCCUUAGUAGGAAGAAACCAGGAGAAACUGAAAAAAGUCGCGCAGAAAUGCGGCAAUCCUUUAAUUAUCACUGCUGACGUAUCAAAAGAUGAAGACGCAAAAAGAAUUAUUGAUGAAACCUUAAGAUAUUUUGGAGGGAUCGAUGUUUUGGUAAACAACGCUGGCAUAGUGAAUAGAAUGAAUAUACAAGACAAUGACGCUAUACCAGCUUUUGAUCGAAUACUAUCUACCAACCUUCGCGCUGUAGUUGUCCUGACGCACCUCGCCGCACCACAUCUAAUAAAAACGAAAGGUAACAUUGUGAAUAUAUCAAGUAUCGCUGGACAUCGAGUAUUUCAAAGUAGUGUCGCUUACUGUACGUCCAAGGCAGGACUAGAUCAUUUCACUAGAGCUGUCGCACUUGAAUUAGCUCCGCAAGGUGUUCGCGUCAAUGUGAUUAAUCCAGGACCCGUAAAAACAGAUAUUAUUGAAAAUAUGGGAGCAACAAAGGAAAUGUCAGAUGCAACAUUCGAUGGUAUGAAAAAAAUGACUGCACUUUCAAGAGUUUCAGAUUCUGAGGAGGUGGCCGAUCUGAUUUUGUUUAUAGCCAGUGACAAAUCCAAGGCCAUUACAGGAUCAUCAAUUGUUACUGAUAAUGGAACGAUGUUAAAAAGUACUGACAUGUCCCCAUUGGAUGUUUAA